AUGGGCAAUCAUCCCAGCAAGUCACAGCUUUCAUGCGAUUCACAGCCAGAGAAAGUCGCCAGGUCAAGCGCUACAGAGAUCCCACCUCACAACGUCCGCAUUUCUUUCGUCGGCGACUGCGAGUAUGCAAAGGGCCUGCCGUGGAAAGAUUUCGGAUGGAGCGCGGAGUUGUACAUUCAAACACAAAACAUGUCUCGCCUCAUGAGAGACGGCAUUCGCAUCUCUUCGAUCACCGAAGUCAAGAAUACCGGAGUGAUGCUUGAGAACAAGAUUCCCGAAGCCUUCAAACAUCGCCAAGUCCGACAUACACGACGCUAUAUUUUCCGACACUCUCGAGGGGAGCAUGCAUGGACUGCCCAUCUUUUCGUUAUGGCGCGGUACAUUCAACCUUUGUCGGAAUUUCUUCUCUCUGAUUUAACAGCAGCCCGAAUAGCGCACUGUAUCAUGAUGAACAGCGAGAACCUCCUCGUCUACAGAUACAAUGCGUUUUACUCAGAGGGCAACUUUCAGACGAUCCAAGAGGACCAGCGGCGCAGCAGUUUGUGGUCUUGGUUCAGAAUCACAAGCCAGACCACAGGGGUUCCGACGGGGUCGAAUUUGCAGCUUCCCACCGUGCACAAAGUGGAAGCAGCCAAAACGUUCCAUGUCGAUUCGGUUCAUAGCGCAGGCUGGUAG